UCUGUCUAUCUAUCUGUCUGUCUGCCUCUGUAACUCUCUCUCUCUCUUUCUCUUUCUUUCUCACUGCAACCCUGCAGAAGUCAUCAUUUACUGGAAGCAUGCCCACUCAUUUCACCUCUCUCUCUCUCUCUCUCUCUCUCUCUCUCUCCUCCCCUCUCUGAUGAAGUGAAAUCAUCUCCGAGGCAAAGCUCAGGACAGUCCUUUUCACUCUUCCCUGACUGAGGCAAGAGGAACAACAGGAACCACUGCUCUUGAAGUUCUCUGUGUUUUUUGCGGAUCUUCUUCUGACAAACUUUUUUUUGUCUGAUCUUCCUGCGCAGGAGAGACCGGACGACAACGAUUACAUACAGCCGGGGCUCAGGAUAUUCUGUCCCCUCGAGUGAAUAACUUACGACCGGUAGGGAGGGAGGGAGGGAGUGUGCCCCCACUGUCGCCGUGGUGACUGAAGUAAGAACAGGCGGACCCACUGUCAGAGAGAGAGACUCUCACUCCAUUCCUAAACUGCAGUUUUCUCAGACAUCUGUCAUCUGGUGCAUCACUGAGUCUCAGCCACAAAUGGCGGACAACAAUACCUGUGUAGAUAUCGACGACAUGAGUCGCUGGAGUGAUGUCCUGAUGGGCAUCUACAUCGUGGUCUUCAUCUUCGGCCUGGUCUUCAACCUCAUCAUCUUCGCCCCCAUCAUUCAGCAGAUCCGACGAAAGAACGUUCUGGGCAUCUACCUGCUCAACCUGUCCAUCUCAGACCUUCUCUACAUCGUCACCAUGCCUCUCUGGAUCCAUUAUUACAACCAGAACCACCACUGGGAGCUGCCCACCUGGUCCUGCCGGCUGGCGGGGUUCUUCUACUACUCAAACAUGUACAUCAGCAUCUACCUGCUCUGCUGCAUCUCCGUGGAUCGCUGCCUGACCAUCACCUACCCCUUCCAGGCCAAAGUUAUGCGACGCUUGCGUUACGCCUGGGGCUCCUGUGCCGCCGUCUUCAUCUUCAUCUCGUCGCUCCACGGGGGCGUGCUGGCGCUGGACGAGGACGAUGUGUACGACAACAAAACCAGGCAGUGCUACGAGACCUACCCCCUCAACGACCGGAUCGCCACGUUCAACCUGGUCCGCGUGGUCCUUUUCUUCACCGUCCCCUUCGUCGUCCUGGUGGUGUGCUACAUGCGAAUCUGGGCGGAGGUGCGGGUCAGCACAGGCCUGGACGAGCGCGGGAAGAGGAAGGUGAAGCGCCUGGCCGUGGCGGUCAUCUCCAUCUUCUGCGUGUGCUUCUUCCCCUACCACCUGCUGCUGGCGGUGCGCUCCGUUGCCUUCUUCGUCAUGAAAGAGAAGAGCAACUGCGACUUUGAGGGCAAACUGCACUUCGGCUUCGCCAUCACGCUGGCCCUGACCAGCUUCAACUGCGUGGUGGACCCCCUGCUUUACAUGCUGGCCAGCAACGGCGUCAGGGAGGACAUGCAGGUCUGCUACCGCUACAGAAAGGUGGUGCAGUCGCAGCCCAUCACCAACACGGCAAUGACCAAAUUAUAGCCAUCGUUUUUUUUUCUGACAGCCAUUGACCCCCCCCCCGAACUGAACUGGUUACAUAAGGUGUUCGUGUGUGUGUGUGUGCGAGCGUGCGUGUUCAAAUAUGUGUGUGUGUGUUUUGUCUGACAAAGACAUUUGAUGUGAUCGAUGAUAACCACGUGUUGCCUCGGUGACAGUGAGAAUGUCAAUGGCUGUGAAAGCUCUUUUAAUAUCCUGUCUCGUCCGACCCGAAGGCUACAGAUCAGCGUAAUUUAUCGGGCGGCACUUUGAAAAGAAUGAGAGGUGCUAUGAAUACAAACUGGGGGGGGGGACUGCAAAGAGAUGCACUUGUGCACUAGAGAUGCUGAAAAACCACAGCCCUUCUCCCUGUACUGAAGGACCCUUGUGCUGGGGGAGGGUUAAGCCAUGAAGAGGUCUCGCUUUUCAUCAUUCUCCACAAAAGAAUGUUCAGUGUUAUUGAGUGUAUACAAGGCUAAACAAUUUUCAAGGUCCACAUUUUAUUUUAUUUUUUAUAUAUAUAUACAGAUAUAUACAGAUAUAUAUACAGAUAUAUAUGCUAUGUGCUGAAUUUAAGCAAUAAAUCAUGAAAGGGAGUGCGUUAUCAUAGAUAACAUCAUAACUUCAAUCUGGUUGCUACAUCACACACAAUCACCCACUAGUGUUCUGUCGCUUUGUGUUAUGCUUUUGGGUGGCAUAUGCGUAUGCGUUUAAAAAUGGGCUGAAUACAGAAAUGGAAAGCAAAGUGAACUGAAGCUAUGUGACUACUUAAAGCAGGUGAUGCGCUUUUGUUUUGUUUUUUUUUCUUUCCAUCUCAAGUUGAUUUCUUAUUCAGAUCCUCUGAUUUUCAUUCCGGUGUGCUUAGAAAGUCCUGAAUGAUAAGUGCGUGUGUGUGUGUGCGUGUGUGUGUGUGUUUGUGUGUGUGUGUGUGUGCG